GCUUCCUAUGGCAAGCCUUCACUUUGACAUUUGGAGCAUGUGUGAAUGAGGCGCGGGGCGCGGAGCUGCCGUCCCUCAAACAUCGGGGUAGGCGAAGUGACACAGCAAUUCCCACGAUGUAUUUUUAAUUCACCAGUCUCUUCUGUGAGGAAUUGUCUAAUAUAAGUGCAGUGAGGAAUUGUCUAAUAUAGGUGCAGUCAUGACAUCGGUUUGGAAGAGGCUUCAGCGCGCUGGCAAAAGAGCGUCGAAGUUUCAGUUUGCCGCGUCCUUUCAAGAACUCACCGUAGAGUGCACUAAGAAGUGGCAGCCAGACAAACUGCGAGUGGUUUGGACCAGACGAAACAGACGCAUAUGCAGCAAGCUUCAUGGCUGGCAACCAGGUAUCAAGAACCCAUACAGGGGGACUGUGGUUUGGCAGGUUCCUGAGAGUGUGGACAUCACUGUCACUCUUUUUAAGGAUCCAAAUGCAGAUGAAUUUGAGGACAAAGACUGGACCUUCAUCAUAGAGAAUGAAACAAAGGGCCACCGAAAGGUUUUAGCGUCAGUGGAUGUGAACAUGAAGAAGUACACAAGCGUGACCCCGGCUCAGUUUGACCUGGCGCUUACACUAAAGCCUCUGUCUGUGAAAGUGUUGGAUGCCACACUUAAACUCACACUGUCCUGUGUCUUCCUGAAGGAGGGCAAAGCUACUGAUGAAGACAUGCAAAGUCUGGCGAGUCUGAUGAGUUUGAAGCAGUCCGACAUUGGAAACCUGGAUGACUUCAAUGACAGCGAUGAAGAGGAGGACAGAAGAAUGAGUGCAGCAGUGAAAAUGGCCACAGCAGUAAUAGCUCCUCUUCCUCCUGCUAGGAGAAUACAUGACAAAGCCUGGAGACCUGCUGUAGACACAGGUCCCUCUGACACAGAGCAACACAGACAGUUAAGUGUAUUAGCAGAGGAGGAAUGUCCCAAUACAGUGUCUUCUACUGAUGAGGAUGCAGACGCUAAGCCCACAGAUGUUCAUCAAAACCAUGAACCUCACCCUCGCAGAGCCGGAGUCAUCAGUAUAGCCAACCAAAAACCAAACAGCAGUAUGGACAAGCAACGGCCUGUUUUUGGACUUGAGGUUGUGCGGCCUGCAAAAGGACCAGAGAGUAUGACCUCUCUGCUGCCCAGUGACCAAAAGUCACCUUCUAUCACUGAUGUCACAUAUUUUGAGCUGCCAGAAUCCGAGCUGUCUGAUACAGAUAGAGUACACCCCCACGCAGCCCUCAAAAAUGUUGCAGAACAUGCUGCGGUCCCUACAUUCACCGGCCCAUUAACUGAGGUCCAGAUCAAUCAGUCAGAGAAGUCACAGAGCUCUGCUGAGCUGGCUGUUUUACACUCAGCUGCACAUGAGCAGACAGAAGAUGAGACGAUUCCUCAUAAAGACAAGACAGAGCCCUUUCAAAGUAGCGUUCAACUAGCAGAAAUACAAGCGCAAGAGGCCAGCCCAGAAUCUGUGCCGCAGCUGCUCUCAAAUACAGAAAUGUCCCAGUCAGAUCAUACUAAUGAAGGCACCAAAAGCAUGGCCGCUUUGCUGCCCUCUUGCCCAAAAGAGUCCCAUUCUCCUUGGUCACCAUCCAUAUUAGCUGAUGACACAGCUGAGAAUCAAAUAGGAGACUUAUUUGUAGACCGACUACCUUGGAUGAAACAGGAAAGAGAAGAGCCUAAUUUUGACAGCUCUCCAUCUGUUCCCAGUAUGAUAUAUCUUCUUCCAGCCUGUCCGAGAACUGCUUUUGCACCUGGGAUGCCAUCUAUAACCUUUCAAGACACAAAGUGGCCUUGGGAUGAGUCUGUGAAGAUACUGAAAGAGUACAUUCAAAAGGAGAAAUCGGCAAAAAUUAUUCAAGAUAUGGAUUGCUCAUUGUAUGACCAAAGCACUGUGGAAAAUAUGGUAUCCCUACAGUUAACUUGUCCAAGAGCUGCCAGCAUCCCAGGAUUCCCAUCUUUGCCGUUCUAUAUGGUCAAUCUUCUUCCAUUAUGUCCAGAUGUCUCCGUAGUUCCAGGUUUAUCUUCAAGAUAUCCAGUCAUUUGCACAGAUGAAAGCUGGCCUAAAGAGAAUCUAGUAUUUUAUUUGAGGAAAAGCAAGGAACAGAUUUUGCCAAUGUCUUCAAUGAAGAUGGAUUUUGAAACUGCAAGAAAAAUGGUUGCAUUGAGAUCAUCUUGCUCAGCAGCACCCAAGACUCCAGGAUUUCCAUCUGCUCCAAAACCAGUUGCACCAAGUAUGGUCAGGUUUUUACCAUGUUGUCCAAAGAUUUCCUGCAUUGCUGGAUUUACAUCUGCAAAAGAACUUGCCAGUCAAAAUGUCUUCCAACAGUGGCCACUCAACAAUCAAUCAUCUGUGAUAAUAGCACAAAGGAACCAGUCCAGUUUGCCUCAAGUUCUAAACAUACUGAAAGAGGACCAGUUAACAGAGAUGGUGAACUUAGUACCAUCUUGCCCAAGAAAAGCAUGUACUCCUGGUUUUCCAUCUGCACCAAAACGAAAACAAGACAUUGCUUUCUGUAUGACAAAACUCCUACCUCUAUGUCCAACAGCCUCUUGUGUCACUGGAAUAUCAGCUAUAAACAUUCUUACAAGCACUUCAGAUUCAUUUAAGGAGUGGCCAAAGGACAUUAAACCAUUUUGGAUGAAGACACUAGCAUCUCAGCCGUGUCAUUUAAUCUGUCCAUGUCCAACUCGGUAUGAAGUUACAGAAAGCAAUAUGCUGUCAUUGAUACCAUCAUGCCCAAGAAAAGCAAGAACACCUGGAUUUCCUUCUGCACCGUGGCUCAUCCCUGAAACACAAAUAAUGUCUGGUACUCUAUCAGCAUGCCCACAGACGGCUAAAACACCAGGCUUUCCCUCUUUAGUUCAAAGCAAAGUUGAUAAAACUUUGGUAAAUAAUUGGCUUUUUAAGGAGAAAGCUCUUUGUAUGAGGUGUCUGCCAGUGUACACAUUUGACAAGCUAGACAUUGCUUAUCAGGACAAAGAGAGUUUUAAAGGAAUGUAUGCUAUUUUGCCAAGUUGUCCAGUGAAAGCAAGUGUCCCAGGCUUUCCAUCUGCACCAAAGCCCAAAUUAAUGGUUUAUCUUUUCCAUUCCUUCCCAACAGUCUCAAAUGUACCUGGGAUGCUAUCAAGCAUAAUAUCUGAGGUGGAAUUACAGUGGCCUGUAAAUAAAAGGCCAUUAUGGGUAAAACAAUUAAGCAGAAAGAUUCAGUCCAUACAUGCUGUUCCUCCUCAGUACAGAGAAAUAAAGGAUAAAGCCUUCAUUAAGCAUAUGGUGGCGUUGCGCCCAACUUGUGCAAUCAGUGCUAAAUUGCCUGGCUUCCCAUCUGCUCCAAGAAAAAUAACUGAAAAGAAAGCACCAGAUAUGGUCUCCCUCGUGCCAUCUUGUCCACAUUUUUCAAAGGUAUUAGGUAUGCCGUCUGUUGACUUGGGAAAUGAAGCAAUAGAUUCAAGUGCAUGGAUUCUGGAUGCAAAGCAACUGUACAAGAGGUCCUCAAAGAAUGAGUCCGAUAUGAUGUGUUCUUCGUUGAAUGACAACCAUCUGAAUUUCCACAUAGAAGACAUGGCUAUGAUUACGCCAUCCUGUGCAAAGCAAUCCAAUAUCCCUGGUUUUCCAUCCAAAUAUCCAGAAUCUCCACAUAUGCUUUAUCAUGCAAAUAAUACCCAAGCGUCACCAGAAGAUGUUGGCCAUAAACAAGAAACUUCAACUGUGCUUAGUCCAGCAGAUACUGAGAUAGACCUGUCCAGUGCAAACAAUUCUGACAAUAUUAUUGCAUUAGAGAAGGCCAAGGAAAAUGUGAACUUUUGGGCAAGAUGUGAGGAAGGACAAAAGGGAAUUCUGGAGAGGGGGAAAAUGCAUUGCAGAAUGUGGCACGCCAUACCAGACAUGCCACUAUUACUGACAGUUGAGGAGAGAUGUCAAAGCAUAAGUGCUCAGAUUCCACCUUCUGAAAAUUACAGAGACACUCUGGUUAAAAACGAUGACGUGGAUCAAGGUGUAUUAUGGACAUCCCAAGACAGUCCAGAAGAGUUUGCUGAAGGUUUUAACCAAGAAGAGACUACAAAAGAUCAUAAUAGAAUGGUACCUUCAACAGCUGAAGAUCAGCCUACAGGACUGCAACAAGAGUGUGUCCCAAACAUGGUAGAUCUUCUUCCAUCAUGUCCGCUGUUCACAAGAGUUUUUGGAUGUCCAUCAACAGCACUAUCUAGCAUAUGUAAAACAGACAUAAUCAACUGGCCUACUGAUUUAAGUAUAAUUUGGGAUGAGUCACGUAACUCACCAAAAAAUAUUUUAAUGCAAAACUUGGAAAAAUCCCCCUAUGAGGCAAAUAUGGUGUCCCUGACAUGCACAUGUCCAAAUGAAACAAGAAUUCCUGGCUUUCCAUCUGCUAAGAGACCCACAGAGGCCCCGUGUAUAUCUUUUCCAGAAACAUUUGUUGUUGUUGACACUUCUUCACAGACCCCAAUUCCAGAGGAAAAGCAUCAUGAGGAGUGGCUGAGUAUGGAAACAUCAUUAUUGGAAGAACAUCCUAAAGCAAUGCCAAUUUUACACAUCGAAAGCCCAGUUGAGUAUUCAGAGACGACUAUAAUGAUGGUGGAUACAGUUCCAUCUUCAAAACUUGAUUUCACAUCUGCCCCAAAGAGUGAAGAAAUACUUAUUCAGUCAUGUGAAGAAUUAAUUCUUCAAGAGCCUACAAUUGCUAAAUCAGAACUGAGGGAUGAUUCAAAGCCUGCAAAUGAGAUAUUAACCUUUGUGUCUGAAAAUGCUGCACAAAUGCAGGGUAUCCUUGAAACCCAAGCAGAGCCAAAUAUGUUGGAGCUCCUUCCAUCCUGUCCGGUGCUUUCUAGAAUCCCUGGAUGUCCUUCUCUAAGGGUCCUUGAAGGCAUGGAGUGCAUUAGUGGUCAAGCUGUAAUCUUUUGCAAUUUAUUAAAAGAUAAACAGACUGGUAUUUUUGGCCCCAUUAAAGAUGAAAAAGGCUCCCAGAUUAUAGCUCUGGCACCAACAUGCCCAAAAGCAUCAUGUAUUCCAGGCUUUCCAUCUAGAUCACAUCGUAAAUCACAGAUGGAGCCGAACAUGCAAAACAUUUGUACCUCUUGCCCAGAGAUUUCGCAUAUAGCUGGUUGUCCGAGCAUCCAGACCCCUAAGAUGUCCAAUUGGCCUUUGAGUACAGUUAUUUUGUGUACAAAUCCAUUAAAGAAACCCCCUGUUGUUUUGGACAUGGACAAGAUAUGCAAAGAAAACGGUCAUAGAAUGUUUGCUUUGGCACCUACAUGUCCAUCAGUGGUCUGUGUUCCAGGUUUUCCAUCUGUGCCCGAGCCAAUAAUGCUGCACAUGCUUCCCACUUGCCCAGAGAAGUCUAAUGUUAUAGGAUUUUCUUCUAAAAAGGAGCAUUUAGAUUGGUUUGUUGACAAGAAAACAUUGUACAAUGUAUCUUUUAAAAAGCAACCUGUUGUUCUUAAUGACAGAGUUGAUUGGCUUAGUGAAUUAACUAAAAUAAUGUUUGCAUUGGCUCCAACCUGUCCAUCCAAGGAAAGAAUACCAGGAUUCCCACAUGCACACAAGCGCAAAGCUACACUUCCCGCCAGUAUGGCUGAUCUACAUCAGUGCAUUCCAAAGAAGUCAAGAAUCAUGGGAUUCUCAUCAAGUGAGGGAAUAAACGCAGUAACAUGGUUUGAGAAUGAAAGGCCCCUGUUGGAGAGGCCACUGAGAACGAGGUCAGAGCUGCUUGUCCAGUUUAAUUUCGCAACUCCGUAUAAAGAAAUAGACAAAAAUAUUUUGCAGAGGAUGUUUGCACUAGUACCCACCUGCCCAAGAGAAGCAUGCAUACCUGGUUUCCCUUCUCUACCUCAGGUUAAAGUGGAGGGUUUCUAUCUCCAUAAAGAACCAGAUGUAGUCAGCCUUUGGCAUUCUUGCCCAAAGUUUUCUUUUAUUGUAGGUGUUCCUACAGUAAGAUCUGUGCCCAUAGAAGAGUCUCAAGAAAGCAUAUGGUCCACUCAGAAGCCCAUAUGGGUUAAACCUCUUAAAGAAAGCCCGUUUUGGUCUUUAAGUUAUACAAAGGAUAAUGAAGAAUAUUCAAAAACCAUGUUCUUGCUUGCCCCUACGUGCCCCGAUAAGGCCAGAAAUGAUGGUUUUCCAUGCUCAGAAAGGCUUAAAAAAGAAGAGGGUCCAGUGAAAACUGUCUUCCCAACUUCUCCAGAGGCUCCAUUCUCUGCAACCAAUGAAACAGAUUUUAGUCACCUGGUCCCUGAAGUGCCAUGUUCCCCAGUUGAAGCAAGGCUUCCUAAUUUCCCAGAUGAAGCAAGGCUUCCUGAUUUCCCAGAUGCUUCUACGUAUGCAAUAUCUUCAUCAAGUACAACCCAAGAACACACCAAAUUUGAAGCCAAAUUCACCCAAUACAUAGAAUCUGAAAGAAAUCAAACACUGGAUAUAACAGGGCCUGAAAAUCCUAAAGAAAUAGGAAGUUCUUAUGAAAUGCCCUUGGCUGAAGGUAUUGAAAACCAUGAGGUGAAGUUUUUUCUGGAAGAGCAACAUGUUGGGGAGCAGUCAGCUAGUAAAACUCAUGAUACUGCAGAGCCUGGAGAGAAUGCUAUAGCGUUAGGAUGGGAAGUUUUGGAGGCAGAUGAUAAUUCCACUGAAAAAGAAGGAUCUUCUGGUCUUGUUAGGACUAUAGUUGAUGUCUUUCACAGAGGUUAUGAGACAGUUGCUGCAAUAUUGCAGCCCUCUAGCUCUGGAUCAGUCACAGACACGGACACUUUAGAUCCUCUCGACAGUCUUUCAUCCUCUGUGGAUCCCGAGGACAGCGCCACUCGCAUGGCCACUGGAUGUGAUCAUUCAUUGGAGGCACUCGUACAGGCAGCGGAGUCUGAGGUCUUUGAUUCUGCUGAACCCUACAUGUGGCGUUUGGUUGGUGGUUGUUCAGAAACAUCACUGUCAUCAAAAGAGACUGAAAGCUGGUUCGUUGAAGAUGAAGACUUUUGCCUAAUGAGGAAGUGGCCCCCUUUAACAGAGGCUGACCUUCAUGAGAUAAACAAAGAGGAGGAGGACAAAGCAGAUGUUGACUCAUUGAUACAGGAGUGUACAUCUUCGGUUCAAGAGGAAACUGGUAAUGAUGAGAUUGUGACAAAAAGUAAAAUGUUGAAGGAUGAGUUGUCAACCACACUAUUUCCAGAGGAGGGGCCACAACAUCAUUUUGUCCAAGAAGUCUCUCUUUUCAUCCAACGGACUAAGGACGAAUUGCUGGAUGAAGAAAAAACACCUAUGUCCUUACUGUCUUCAAUAAAUUCUCAUAACCCAAAGACUAUCACAGAACAGACUGUUUCAGCUUCAAAAGAACCUGUGCCACCAAGAAGGACUAAGAAGCAAGACAUUCUUCAAGAGACAUUUCCAUCAUCAUCACCAGUUUCCAACCCAGCUGAGCCAACUGCUCAGAGUGACAACAUCUGUGUCAUAAAACAAACUGAUCAUUAUUCUCAGAGUACAUCACAAAUUGUACAGCCAGAUACCCCACUCACAACCAUCCAGAGAUCUUCCGCUCUGGUAGAUGAGGGUACAUCUUUAGAAACGGAUCGCUUGACAGAUGUACCUGUCCCACUGACAAGCACUUCUUUUCCUGAUGGGACCUCUGUGAUAGAAGCAGCUGAAAAUGUAGUAAAAGUAUCCAAAAUUGAGAUUUCUUCACCAGAACCCAAAGAGAAGCCCACACCCAAAGAAAUUAUAACAUCAUGUCAUAGCAACAGCAAAGAAAAUGUUCCCCUAGUGCCUGCGGAAGACACAGUCACACAAUUACAUGCUCCUCAGAGGCGGAAGAAUAAAGCUCAAACCAGCAAUGUUGAUGAAGCUGUUGGAGAGUUUGAAGAAAAGAGUACAUUGUCUUCUGUCAUCACCAGUAUGUCCCAGUCUGAAGACAAAAGAAAGACCCAUGGUGGUGAUGAAUUGAGCAUGAAAGACCAGGUACAACUGGAUUUGAAUGUUCCUGAGGUGUCGGAAGUAAAAAUGCGAAUCAAAUGCACUGAUCUUCCAGUCCCAGUGCCACGUGUAAAGAAACGUCUCAGUGGAUCUUUUGCAGAUGAUCUUCCUUCUCCUUCAUCCACCCCUUUAUCUGAAGCAGAUCCAGGUAACAUUGUUCUCCAAACAGAAGACCAUCAAGAUUCAAGUCUUCCAGUCCCAGUGCCACGUUCAAAAAAACAUCUCAGUGGUUCUUAUACAGAUGAUCGCCCAGCCCCUUCAUCUCAAGCAGAUUCAGACAACAUUUUUCUCAAUACAGUAGACCAUCAAGAUUCAAGUCUUCCAGUCCCAGUGCUACAUGUGAAGAAAUGUCUCAGUGGUUCUUUUCCAGAUGAUCUUCCAGCCCCUUCAUCCACCCCUUUAUCUGAAACAGAUCAAGGUAAUAUUGAUCUCCAAACAGAAGACCAUCCAGAUUCAAGUCUUCUAGUACCAGUGCCACGUGUGAAGAAACGUCUCAGUGGUUCUUUCCCAGAUUAUCUUCCAGUCCCUUCAUCAACCCCUUCAUCUCAAGCAGAUUCAUACAACAUUGUUCACAAUAGAGAAGACCAUCCAGAUUCAAAUCUGCCACUUCCAGUCCCACGUGUAAAGAAACGUCUCAGUGGUUCUUUUCCAGAUGAUCUUCCAGCCCCUUCUCCCUCCCUUCCAUCGCAAGCAGGUUCAGAUAGCAUUGCUCCCCAAACAGAAGACCAUCCAGAUUCAAGUCUUCCAGUCCCAUUGCCACGUGUGAAGAAACGUCUCAGUGGUUCUUUUCCAGAUGAUCUUCCAGCCCCUUCAUCCUCCCUUCCAUCGCGAGCAGGUUCAGAUACCAUUGCUCCCCAAACAGAAGACCAUCGAGAUUCAAGUCUUCUAGUCCCGGUCCUACGUGUAAAGAAACGUCUCAGUGGUUCUUUUCCAGAUGAUCUUCCAGGCCCUUCAUUCACCACUUCAUCUCAAGCAGAUUCAGACAACAUUGUUCUCCAAACGAGAGACCCUCAAGAUUCAAGUCUGCCAGUCCUGGCUUCACGUGUGAAGAAACGUCUCAGUGGUUCUUUUCCAGAUGAUCUUCCAGCCCCUUCAUCCUCCCUUUCAUCUCAAGCAGGUUCAGAUAGCAUUGCUCCCCAAACAGAAGACCAUCAAGAUUCAAGUCUUCCAAUGCCAAUGCCACGUGUGAAGAAACAUCUAAGUGGCUCAUUUCCAGAUGAUCUCACUGUUCCCUCGAGUUGUCCACCUGCUGUAGAUUUACUUAACAUAGUCCUUGAAGGAGUACCAAGUGAUGCAAGCAUACCCAUCCCAAUUCCCCACUCAGAGAAACUCAGUGAUAAGUUCUCUGAUGAGAACCUUCCAAGCUUUCCUCAAGAAGAAGGCAAGCUUCAUCUCUCAGAAAACAAACAAUGUUCUGUUGAAGUGGACACGCAGGUGAGGGCAGAAGCAGAGAUUGAGAGCCUUGAAGAUUGCACCACCUCAAGUGCCAAUGAAGUAGAGCAAAACAGAAAAGGCCUGGAGGAGUCUGGUUUAGAACCUGUUGGCCAGUUAGUACCUGAUGUAACAGUUAUCAGUGAAAAACCUAAGACUGGUGCUCCACUUGGUGAACAUUGUAAGGACAAAUGGGAUACAGACCAACAAAUUGAAAAAGAUAAAAGUGUUGAGGAAGAAAAGGAUGCUGUACAUUCUGGAGAUUAUGAGGUUGAUUUGAGCAUGGACACUGUAGAUGACACAGGUGUUAUCAUAGAUGUAUUUAGACAAGAAUUAGCUGAAGACUCCUCCAGUCUUCCUGUGCCAAUGCCUCGCGUGAAGAAACGUUUAAGUGCCUCUUUCCCAGAAGACGUCUCCAUUCCCAGUUCCUCAUCAGCCAAUCAACAUGAGGUUUCAGAAAAGGCCAAUAAUGAGCCGACAGUGCCUGUUCGUAAUAAACGAAAAGCUGCAGCAGAUGCCUUAGACCUUCAGGGAAGUUCCACAGCUCACACAUCGCCAACCACUGAAACAGAGAUUGCGACCUUGGUGAAUUCAAGUCAGUCUCUGCUGGAAUGGUGCCAAAAGGUCACACAAGGUUACAAGGGCGUCCGGAUAACAAACUUCAGCACCUCAUGGAGAAACGGCCUCGCUUUCUGUGCCAUCCUGCAUCACUUCCAUCCAGAUAAAGUAAAUUAUGAAAUGCUGGAUCCAUAUGACAUUAAGCGCAACAGCAAGAAGGCGUUUGAUGGCUUUGCCGAACUGGGCAUCUCUAGGUUGAUAGAGCCCUCUGACAUGGUGCUGCUGGCAGUGCCCGACAGGCUCAUCGUGAUGACGUAUCUCAACCAGAUCCGCACCUAUUUCACGGGCCAGGAGCUCAGUGUCAUACAGAUCGAGAAGAACAGCAGCGAGUCCAGUUACGCUGUUGGAGAGAAGAGGGAGGAAGCCGAUCCUGAAGCCGCUGUUCGCUACUGCGCAGAAAGGCUCCAGGGCAGCGGCAUUACUCUUGAGACCAAUGGAUGCUUCCCUGAAAAGGAGGUCAAGGAAGGUGCUGGUGUUUUGGUGCCACCUCCAAGAACGAAGCGAACGCAGGGCCCGAGCCAGGCUGGAGGAUCAGGGUCCACUCAGCCUCCGGUGGCACCACCAAGAACUCACACCUCAAAGGCUUUUUCUCAUCUCAAGGAUGCAGAUCUUGUUAAAAAGCGCAGAUCGAAGCUGCGGGGAGAGUCACUGGAUGAGCCUGAACCACACGAACAGCAGAGCGGUACAGAGGCUGCAUCAGUCCAAGCAGAAAGUGAAGCAGCCAAAGGAGGCUCAGAGUCACAAAACGUAGAGAAUGUUGAAGAAGCCACUGCAGGAGAGAAUCAGGAUGUCAGUCAAUAUGUACUUAGUGAGAUGCAGGCUGUGGAGGCUGAACAGAAGCAGAUAGAUCGCAGAGCAGACAUUGUGGAGAGGAAACUAAGAAGACUUAUGGAAUCUGGUAGUGAUCGUGUAGAAGAAGAGACACUGAUUCAGGAGUGGUUUACCCUGGUCAACAAGAAGAACGCUUUGAUCAGGAGACAAGACCAUUUGCAGUUACUACAAGAAGAGCAAGAUUUGGAGAGGAAAUUUGAGCUGCUAAAGAUAGAGCUACAAGAUUUAAUGGCUGUGGAAGAAUGGAAGAAAACCCAGGCCCAUAAAACCAGAGAGCAGCUGUUGUUGCAGGAGCUGGUGUCUUUAGUCAACCAGAGAGAUGAGCUUGUGCAUGAUAUAGACGCCAAAGAGAGAGGGGCUCUUGAAGAGGACGAGAGGUUGGAGAGAGGACUAGAAAUGAGGCGCAGGAAAUAUGGAAGUCGGAAAGAGAAGUGUGUGUUACAGUGAGGGAUCCUGUGCACCUGCUUUUAUACAGGACUGUCCCCCGUUAAACACUGUGCUGAUGGACUAGUGAGGUGUGUGUGGACCAUAUCACAUUAAAUGAUAAGGAGAUUGUGACUAGAUAAAUUCUCAGUCCUCAUGUUGAAAAGUUUGAGCAGCAUUAAUGCUCAUUUCAGGGUGGAUUAAAAGUCGUUUUCUUUUAGAGACAUUUUUAGUCUCAGAAUAUUUGUCUGAAAACGUGAAAUAGACAGUAAUGGUCCAUAGUCUUCUGACAGCAGUUCUUGUUUUACAUUUUCAGUAAAAAUAAUAUACAUGUGACCUUUGCAGUGUUAUUACCUUAUUUAACUUGUUUGUAUAAGUCGGUUGCUGCAGUGAUUUUAAGGUAUCUCAAAGCUAUGUAAAA